AUGCAGUUCACCAAGUCCAUUCUGCUGCUGGCAGCCCUGACCACCAGCACCUUCGCUCUUCCCACAACCGUCGAGCGCCGUCAAGAUUCCUCCUGGCUCAGCGUCCCCUCCAGCGGCUCCUAUUCCACUUCCGGCUUCGGCUCGGCCACCAGUGCCACCGGCAGCGGUAACACCUACGCCGGCAACGUGGGCAGCCCCUACGGCAGCAACAUCAUCGAGGUCUCCGCCUCCGACGCCAGCCAAUACAAGUACGUGAUGGAGAUCCAGGCCCCUUCCACCGACUCCUACACCGUCGCCGUCUGGAACAAGUACGGUCCCGAUGGCCGCAUGGACGGUUGGUACGGCAACGCCUGCAAGACUCUCACCGUCCCCGCCGGCUCCAGCGUCUACCUGGCCUUUGACGAGGACACCGACGGUGGCUUUGCCGCUGCCCCGGGCUCCAUCCCCACCGACUCCAACGGUGGCUAUGCCUCCACCUGGGGUGAGUUUGACUUUGGCUCUUCUGCCAACAACGCCUGGUCUGGCUUCGACGUCUCGGCCAUUGCGGCCCAGAACGCCGGUCUCACUGUGCAGGGUAUGAAGAUCUGUGACGCUCUGGGUGGAACUUGCUCCUCUAUCACCCCCGGUGCUGCCGUUGUCGACAACGCCUACACCGCGGCGGAGACUGCCAUCGGGGGUAUCGGUGGUAACCUCGGUGCUGGUCCUGUCCGUCUGGUUGCCACUCUCGGCUACAGCGGUUAA